AAGUAGUAGAGAAUAAGGAGAGACUUUUAAAGUUCACUUCGGAGUUGAGGUUUGUCACUUAUAAGUUGUUUAUGCGACCUUGACCUUUUUUCAAGGGAUGGGAGGAUUCAGAGAAUGAACAACGGUGCUUUAUAUGAAUGCAUCAUACAUCUUUAAGGGAGAAACCCUUUUUUCAUCAUAGAUACACAUACACACACGUCAUCCUCCUCCCUUUUUAUUUUUUAUCGUUCGUGGUACAAACGGCUUGACUUUUCUCUCUUUUUUAAAAAAUGAAAGUUGUAAUCACAGGGGCAUCAGGUUUAUUAGGCAGACAAGUCGUCAAGGCAUUCAAGGACUGGGAAGUGGUUGGAACAGCUUUUUCACGCGCAAAAGAUGACUUGGUUAAACUUGAUUUGACUGAUAAAGAUGCAGUGGAAACUUUUUUCAAUGAACAACAGCCUAAUGUCGUUGUUCAUUGUGCGGCUGAACGUCGUCCUGAUGUGGCAGAAAAAGAUAAAGAUGGCGUGUUGCUCCUCAAUGUAGAAACUUCUAAACGACUGGCAACUAUCUGUAAGUCACGGGAUAUCAUGCUUAUAUACAUUAGUACAGACUAUGUAUUCGAUGGUACUUCACCUCCAUACGAGAUUGAAGAUAAACCAAACCCACUUCAAUUCUAUGGGCAAACAAAAUUGGCUGGUGAAAAUGCUGUCAGACAAGUCUAUCCAAACGCAGUCAUUCUCCGUGUGCCUAUUCUCUAUGGUGAGACUGAAUACAAUGGUGAAUCAGCCGUGAAUGUACUGAUUGAUGUUGUGCUGGCCCCUCAAAAGCCGGUCAAGAUGGAUAAUGUCGCUCAAAGAUAUCCUACAAAUGUUGCUGAUGUGGCCCACGUGAUCAAGGAUUUGGCAGUCAAAAAGAUGGUAAACAAGCAAGAUAUUCGAGGCAUCUAUCAUUUCACAGCUCAAGAAUGUAUGACAAAGUAUCAAAUGUGUGAGAUCUUUGCUGAGUUGCUCAAUGUUCCUAUACAUCAUCUUACUCGUCAAGAUACAGUUGACCCUGCAGCAGCAGUGUCGCGACCUGAAAAUGCUCAUUUGUCUGUAAAAAGUCUUGAAUCUGCCGGAAUUAAUACUCAAUGUGUCAAAUUUGCUGCUUGGUUUGGAGAUUAUUUCUCAUCUUUCAAACCAACCAAACAACUUUAAAUUAAAGCUGUUUUAUCCUCUCUUUUAUGUAUACGCUGAUUAUUCCUUAUUAUUUUUGAAUGGGU